AUGCAUGAUGUCAGAAUUAGAAUGAUAGCUGUUGGAAUCUGUGGGAGUGAUAUUCAGUACCUCAAGGUAGAUAUUGUUACCGUUACAUCCGAUUUCAAUAUUCGACAAAAAAAUAUAAAUCCGAUUUCAGUUUCCAACAUAAUCUAUUUUAUGGUUAAAGAACCGAUGGCUAUUGGUCACGAGUGUGCUGGGAUCAUAGAAGAAGUCGGUAGUCAGGUACAGACUUUGGUGCCUGGUGACCGUGUGGCCGUCGAGCCUGGGAUCAACUGUUGGCCUUGUGAACAUUGCAAACUUAGUCGAUAUAAUCUUUGCCCUGAGAUGAUGGUUUUUGCUACUCCACCAGUUUAUGGUUCCUUGGCUAAUCAGAAAAAUGUGACAGGUGCCGGUGCAAUUGUGGUUGUGAUAUGGUUGUGGACACAAUUUUGUUAA